UACGCACUUAGAGCAACUAAGCGUGGCCGAUUCCGUUUAACGUUGCAGUUCACGUUACAGUACGCUAUUGCAGUCUUAAUUCCCCCCCGCCCUGCCAACCGGACGCACGAAUCCGUGUUGCGAUGUCCCGGGUUGUAGCGGAGCAGUUUGAGGACGCGGAGGAGUCGGACAGUGACACAAAGUUGACUCACUUUACGGACAGAUGUCCAACACCAGAAGACAUCAGCAGAGUACUUUUACAGCCCUUAUCCCUUGAACAUGGCAAGCGAGAUAGGAAUGAGGACGAGGAGGAGGACGAGGAUGACGACGACGAUGAUGACAAUGAUGAAGAUGAAUGGGACUGGAACGAAUUGUCUAGGGGAGACUUUACCAAACGCUAUGCAGCAAUCAAGGCAGGAAACAGUCAACAGGCUAAUCGUCAGAUAUCGCACGAUUCAAAGUCAGACAAAAUGUUUACUCCUUCAGACAAGGCUCUAAGAAGGUUUGAGCACAAAAUAAAUCUGGAUAAGCUGAACUAUGCGGACUCUGUUAUCAACAAAGUCACCACGAUGCAUAAACAAAGGGAUGCAGACACGUAUCGGGUUAAGGAUAAAUCGGACAGGGCGACAGUGGAACAGGUUUUGGACCCCAGAACUCGCAUGAUUCUCUUUAAAAUGCUGAGCAGAGGCAUCAUUUCAGAGAUUAAUGGUUGCAUCAGCACAGGCAAAGAGGCCAACGUCUAUCACGCAACCACAGCGAAGGCAGAAAGUCGCGCCAUCAAGAUAUAUAAGACCUCCAUACUGCUGUUCAAGGACAGGGAUAAGUACGUCAGCGGAGAGUUCAGGUUUCGGCACGGCUACUGCAAAGGCAAUCCAAGGAAGAUGGUUCGGACCUGGGCGGAGAAGGAGAUGAGGAACUUGAUCAGGCUACAGACGGCGGGAAUUCCCAGUCCAGAACCCAUCAUGCUCCGCAGUCACGUCCUGCUCAUGGGCUUCAUUGGAAAAGAUGACAUGCCCGCUCCCUUACUGAAGAACGCGGCCCUAUCAGAGUCCAAAGCUCGGGAGCUGUACCUGCAGGUCAUUCACAACAUGAGGCUGAUGUACCAGGAGGCGCAUCUGGUCCACGCUGACCUCAGCGAGUUUAACAUGCUGUAUCACAACGGAGACGCAUACAUUAUCGACGUUUCCCAGUCUGUAGAGCAUGAUCAUCCUCACGCCCUGGAAUUUCUCCGCAAAGACUGCAGCAACGUUAACGACUUCUUCCAAAAACACCGCGUUGCAGUGAUGACCGUUCGGGAGCUGUUUGAAUUCGUCACAGACCCUUCCAUCACAUGCGACAACAUCACCCAGUACCUUGAAAAGGCAAUGGAAGUGGCUUCAGCCAGGACAGUGGAGGAGAGAUCCAACCAGGACAAAGUGGAUGAAGAGGUGUUUAAGAAGGCCUACAUCCCGCGCACGCUUAAUGAAGUGAGCCAUUACGAGCGAGACGUGGACACUAUGAAGAAGGAGCAGGAGGAAUCAAAGACCGCGCAGGACGACAGAAUUCUGUACCAGACAGUGACAGGCCUGAAAAAAGACCUUUCAGGAGUGCAGACGAUUCCCUCCUUACUGGAGGGCUGCACUGAGCAUGGGAGCUCCAGCAGUGAGGAGGAGGAGGAGGAGGAGUCUAGAGCAGAGGACACGCAAGACGCAGGGGACCAGGACCAGGCGCUGGACAGAAAGGAAAGAAAAAAGCUGGUGAAGGAAGCUCAGAGGGAGAAACGAAAGAACAAAAUCCCCAAACACGUCAAGAAGCGAAAGGAGAAAGUGGCCAAGAUGAAGAAGGGGAGAUGAGUGAAGAGGGGGCCAGUUCACUCACACCAGUUUCAGUAUUCCAUGCAGGAGGCGUGGCCAUUGAGGGCAGCAUGUGGGCUGCACACACCCAAGACUGUCUGUCUGAUGAACACGUCUGAUAAACUGCCAUAAAAUUUAAAUGUGUAUAAUCUUGAAUUUGUUUUUCAGCAAAAAUAUGAACAAGACUCCACAACAUUGGGCAGAGAAAGUUCUAGAACAGCAAUAUGCUUUAAUACUGUAAAUACUCAUUUGAAAGUACUCUGUUACCACAUUUUAUCAAACGCUACCAACACAUGCUACAAACACUUUUUUUAUUUUGAAACAUUUUACAUCUUUCUGGGCAGUGAGACAAGACUCAUUUUCAGAUUGCAAAAAAAAAAAAACCCAAAAAAA